AAAAGAAAAAAAAUAUAAGAGAGAUUAAGAAGAGAAAAAAAAGAAAGAAAGAAAGGAAUUGAAAAAAUGGAGUGGAAGAAAAUUGGAAUGUUGGCUGUGGUGGGGAUGCUGGUGAUGGCAGCUUUGGUGGAGGAUUGUCAUGCAGCCAUUGAAUCAGAGUCUGUGAAAGGUUUGAAUAAAAAUGAAUUGCCAAGAAAGAUGAUGAAUGAAGAAACUAGAAUGUGCCCUAGAAUCCUUGAAGAGUGCACUACCGACGAUGAUUGCAUGAAUGAUUGCAUUUGCCUCUCCAAUGGCUUUUGCGGUUUAAGAAGAGAAAAAGAAAGAAAGAAAGGAAUUGAAAAAAUGGAGUGGAAGAAAAUUGGAAUGUUGGCUGUGGUGGGGAUGCUGGUGAUGGCAGCUUUGGUGGAGGAUUGUCAUGCAGCCAUUGAAUCAGAGUCUGUGAAAGGUUUGAAUAAAAAUGAAUUGCCAAGAAAGAUGAUGAAUGAAGAAACUAGAAUGUGCCCUAGAAUCCUUGAAGAGUGCACUACCGACGAUGAUUGCAUGAAUGAUUGCAUUUGCCUCUCCAAUGGCUUUUGCGGUUGAAACCUCUCUUAGAUAUAUACCUAAAUCUAUCUUAUCUUUUGCUGUCUGUGUGUGUGUUUUUUCUUUUCUUCUCUUCUAUUUCUAUGGCAAUAAAGUUUGUAACUUUGAUCACUCUAAUCUAUGAAUAAUGUGUAUCAUCAAUUUGUGCAACACCCAUCAAGGAAUAAUAACAUGUAAGCUUUUAAUAAAUUUCUCUGUUUAUAUGA